AUGCUCCUUCGCGCCCUCCGCCACCGCGCCCUCUCGCUGUCGCCCCGCGCUUUGGUGCGCCCGUCGCCCACCCGACUGGCGUGGCGCGCGCUCACCACGUUCUCGGGCCCGCGCAGCCCCCCGAUGCUCGAGUGCACGAUUGGCGAGAUGCUCGAGGCUGCCGCCCGCGAGCACCCGAACCAAACUGCCUUGGUCGCGGUCGAAGAAGACAUUCGCUGGACGUACCACGAGGUCAACGCCAAGGUCGAUGCAAUGGCACACGCGCUGCGCUGGAUGGGCCUUGAGAAGGGCGACCGCUUUGGCGCGUGGCUGCCCAACACGGGCGACUACUACCUCGUGCAAAUGGCCUGCGCCAAGAUCGGCGUCGUGCUCGUGAACGUCAACCCUGCGUACCGCGCCCACGAGUUUGAGUUUGCAAUGAACCUCGUGCAAUGCAAGGCCAUUUUGAUCACGCCGACGGUCCAUGGCACCGACUACAUCCAAGUGCUCGACUCGAUCUUGCCCGAAUUGCUGUCGGAGACCUCGCCGCUGCUGCACAACGAGCACGUCCAGCCACUCUCGCUCCAAGCGCUGCCGCACCUCAAGUACAUCUUGCACGACGCGCGCGAUAAGACGUACCCUGGUAUGGUUGCGCUACACGACUUGAUCGCGCACGCUGAAUCGCGGGCCGCGCCGCCAACGCCCGAGAUUGCGCCGGACGACGUCAUCAACAUCCAGUUUACGUCCGGAACGACGGGCACACCGAAAGGCGCAGCGCUCACGCACCGCAACUUGCUCAACAACGGCUACUUUGCCGGCCAGCGCUGCGGCUACUCGACCAAAGAUCGCGUGUGCAUCCCCGUACCGCUGUACCACUGCUUUGGCGUCGUGCUCGGCAACCUCGCGUGUCUUGCCCACGCCAGCACGGCGGUGUACCCGUCCAAGCAGUUUAACGAAGUCGCGGCGCUCAACGCCGUCGAGAGCGAGGGCUGCACGUCGCUCUACGGUGUGCCGACCAUGUUCAUCCGCAUGCUCAACUCGCCGACGUUCCAUCUCGACCGAGUCAAGACGCUCCGGACCGGCAUCAUGGCGGGCGCGCCGUGCCCAAUCGAGAUCAUGCAAGAGGUGCUCACGUUUGCGCCGGAAAUGACUAUCGGCUACGGCAUGACCGAGACGAGUCCGCUGAGCUUUCAAACCCGCGGCGACGACGCCCUGGACGACCGCGUCGCGACGGUCGGCGCACUUCUGCCCUUUGUCGACGCCAAGGUAGUCGACGUCGAAGACUCGUCCAAGGAACUCGGGCCGAACCAAGCCGGCGAACUCAUGGUCAAGGGCUACCACAUCAUGCAAGGCUACUGGGAUCAGCCGAAGGAAACAGCCAAGUCCAUUGAAGAUGGCUGGAUGCACACUGGCGACAUUGUGGCCAUGGACGAGCGCGGGUACUGCCGCAUUGUGGGUCGGUCCAAGGACGUCAUCAUCCGAGGCGGUGAAAACAUCUACCCGCGGGAAAUCGAAGAAGUGCUGUUUGCACAUCCGAGCGUCGCGAACGCCAGUGUGAUUGGCGUCCCCGACAAGGUCUACGGCGAGCAAGUGUGCGCGUGGGUGCAUCUGCAGGACGAGUCGACGUCCGUUGUUGACGUCGAGGCGGCGCUGCGGGCGCAUCUGGCGGCCGAGCUCGCCCACUUCAAAGUGCCCAAGUACUUUCUCUUCAAGUCGGAGUUUCCGACCACGAUCACGGGCAAGGUUCAAAAGUUUAUGAUGCGUGACGUGACGAUUGCCGAGCUCGGUUUGCCCAAGACCGUCUAA